ACUAACCCACACCUCAACCUUUCAAGCACAUCACGCCAGUUCUAGUAAUGAGAGAGUAGUCAUAAAUCAUACUUUUAGAAGCCAGAAAUUAUCAGAACGUUCAGCAAAGAUGGGAUGCUUGGUGGGAUGCUCGAGGCUGUUCAAGGUAGCUUCUCUCAUACUGUUCCUUGGCCUCAUCGUCAAUGCGAUUGGAUUUGCUUCGCCAUUUUGGUCAAACAGAUCGCCGGACAUCGAAGGCUUGUGGCAGAUCUGCGGCAAUGGAGUCUGUGAAGGAACCGUGUUUAAUCCUUUAUCAAGUUCUGAUUGGUUCGUUGCUAACCAAGUGCUGCAGACAGUCGGUCUUGGUUUGGCCUUCAUCGGCGUUAUCAUCGCACUGUCUAUAAUGUGCUCUGCCUGUCUGUUCAACUGCUUCAACACCUGCGGGAUCCUUCUCACUAUACAUGCCCUCCUGGCAGCUAUUCUGUUGAUCGCAGGGUUAACACUAUACGGAGUUCAAGCUAAGAUCCUGGACGCCUCGAUCAAUUUCCUGUUCGCCUUCUGGCUGACUUUGGCGGCUGGGGGACUCUACCUCGUGUCCGGCAUCCUCUUCAGCGUCUCCGUGGACAGAGACUGGAAGCAUGACGAUGACGCUGUAGAAUAAAGCAUUAAACAGCAGCCUUAAUAUCAGAACAAACCACACAAACUAUGUCUGUGCCCACUGUCUUACUCUUAUUUAUCAAAUGUUAAGGUAUGAGGUGCGGUGGGGGUGGG